UCAGGCCAUAGGCGGAUAGGCUUGGGGUUUCUAUUCUGUUUCGCAACAUCUUUAAAGAGUCUUGGAGCCCAUAUUCCUGAUAGUUCUCAUAUUAUUGUUCUCAUAUUUAUCGAAAUUCGUCACUGCCAUAUACGACGCCAACAGAUCUCCUAAUCGGAAAGAGCGACUAGCACCACACCAGACAACUACAACAUCACCACGUUCAAAAUGACAAGCAAGCUCAUUCCGCCAAACCCCGAUAAGGUCAUGGUUAUUCGCAACAUCACGCCGGAUGUUGUCACACUCUCAUUACCCUUCUCGCGCUUCGGUCAUAUAAACAUUGGCGGUCGUGGCACGCUGGUUCGUCUGCAGAAUGGCAGCGUAGCCGUCUUUUCACCCGUCGCCCUUACCGAUGAGGUCCGUAGUCGCGUCGACAAACUCGGAGCCGUCAAAUACAUCGUCGCCAACGACGCCGAACACCACAUCUUCAUGGACGACUGGCACAAGGCUUUCCCGGGCUCCACACUCAUCGGCCCAGAUGUGUUGAAAGAGAAGCGCGAAAGUCAGAAGAAGCCGUUGCCCUGGACGAACCUGUUUCGCCCGAGAGACAAUGUGAGCUGGAACAUCGAUGAGGCCUUUGAUCGUGAAUUCGACGCCGAGUAUGUGCACGGCCAUCAGAACAAGGAGUUGGUUUUCAACCACAGACCUUCGAAGACGUUGAUUCAGGCCGACUUGAUGUUCAAUCUGCCGGCUACCGAACAGUACUCGCGUACUGACAUCAGCCCUACGGCUGGCCUUCUCACCAAGCUGAUGUGCAAGAUCAACAACACGGCUGGAUCGGCCAUCUGGCAGAAGAGGUUCCUCUGGUACGGCGUCAGUUCAGGAGAUAGACCUGCAUUCAACCAGAGCAUCGCCAGGAUUGACAAGUGGGACUUUGAGCGCAUCAUUUCCUGCCACGGCGAUGUGAUUGAGAAGGAGGGCAAGGGUAUCUUCAGAAAGGUCUUCGAAUGGCACUUGGAAGCUGCCAAGAAGUCGACUUAAAAGAUCUGAAGAGCAUGCUAAGCGGCAUUUCACAUCGCGAGAUUUCACGAUCUACAGCAUAUUGAUUUCUCUUGUAACAACAUCUUUUUAGUAGCAAGCAAAGAAUAUUAGAUUUAAUAACGACGCUAAAGAUAAUACACCAUCAUCAAACUCCAUGUCAAUCAUGAUCGGAAUAAGCAGAAACAGAAGCAACUUUUUUUGUCCUCGCUGAAUGCAUAGUAGUGGAGUGGAAGCAGGGCUCGCUAGAAAGCAACAGCAGGAAUCGUGGGUCUCGUCAAUGUGUCAAACAGCAUCAACAAGUAAGAGUAGGAGAGAAGAGAAAAGAGACAAGAAAAAAAAGAUGAAACACCAGCCUCCUCUUCAAAGUCUGAACCAGUUCUUCUCGACAGCACGGAUGAGUUCAUCUUCAUCCACACAGAUCCACGAGCUCUCGGUCUUACCAUAGACACCGGUAGAUCC